AUGGCCUUGAAUUAUGAUUAUGACGAGGAUUCUCAAACAUGGCCUUUUUUUUUGUUAACUAUCGCCUUAGUUAUAUUAAUACCAUGCACUUUAAAACAUUUCUACAACAUCUUCUUUUGUCCGUCUUUCGAACAAGAAAACGCUGAGCAUCAACAGGCACCCAAGGAUAAAAACAUCACCGUCACUGCUCAAUUGAAAAACAAAUACACUAAUGUCAAUAUAAAACAAUUUCGCACCAAAUAUUACAAAAAAUUCUUUAAACGUAGUAUUUUAUCAAGAAAAACUUUAAUCAUCACUGUUGCCUGGAUAUUAAUUUCCAUAUUAAUUCAAAAUAAAAUUAAUGGCAACAGUUCUUUAAGGGAAAAUGCUCUAAAUUCAUUAUUUGAUCCAUAUGAAUUGUUAGGUUUAGGUACUGCUACUGAUGCCACCGAAAAGGAUAUUAGAUCUGCUUAUAGAAAGUUAUCGGUCAAGUUCCAUCCAGACAAAUUACCUCAAAACUUAAGUGAUGAAGAGAGGGACAAACUACAGGAAAAAUUUGUUUUGAUUACCAAGGCUUAUAAAGCAUUGACUGAUGAAUUGACUAGAGAAAAUUAUUUGAAAUAUGGUCAUCCAGAUGGUCCCCAAACUACUUCCCAUGGUAUCGCAUUACCUAAAUUUUUAGUAGGUUCCUCCAUUGCUGCCUAUUGUGUAAUUGCCUUUUAUAUAGUGGUGCUAGGUGCUAUUUUGCCCAUCGUAGUUAACAGGUGGUGGUCAAAAACCAAAUCUGUGACUAAAAAAGGCAUUCAGGUGGAAACCUCCAAUUAUUUUAUUAGUAUUUUGUUUAAUUAUAAGCCAACUGAAAUUGUGACUGUUGAGACCGUUUUACAAUGGUUAUCUAAUGCUUAUGAAUACAAAAUGUGGUACCCUCAUUUGACCAAUGAAGAUUUUUAUAGGUAUUUGAAAAACCAUGUGAACAGAGUUAACGAAGACGAUAAUGAAAUCAAAUACAGAAUUGUUUCAAAAACCCAUUCUUUAUUGUUAUCUUUAUUAGAAAUUUCAUGUGCCUUUAGAUAUGCUGAUAUUUCAUUAACAAUUUUGGAAACCAGCAAAUGUAUUAUACAAGCUACGAUGCCAUCAAAACAUGCCCAACUAUUACAAUUACCGAAUGUUUCUAUAAAUUCAUUGAAGAAAGCCAAUAAUCAAGAUACGAAAACUUUGGGUAAACUAUUUACUUUAACUGAAAAUGAUGCUAUGGAAAAAUUGGGUAUCAGUAACAUUGAAGAUUUGCAUGAUACGUUAACCGUUGCGUCCAAAAUUCCACAGUUAAUCUUGUUAAGAUCUAAAUUUGUAGUUUCCGGAGAGCCAGUUGUUACCCCGGGUGCAAUUUCCCAUAUAGACUUAAAAAUAUUGAUUCGUUCCCCCAAGCAAAAGUUUAUUCAAGCAGAUAAAUUUCCAGAAGAUUUUGUGAAUAGAAAUGAUGAAUUAUAUGAUGAUUUUGAAAGUCAAAGAGAUCCAUUUACAUCGGCUGUUAAAAAUCAACCACUAACUCCAUAUAUUUAUGCUCCUCAUUUUCCAGUUGAAAAAAGAGCAACUUGGUACGCAUUAGUUAUUUCUCAAAAGGAUAAUAAAAUAAUUCAAACACCAUCUAUGGUUUCUCACUUAUCAUUUGCUAAUUUAUCCGAUAAAAAUAUCAAAUUAUAUCAAAAGACUAUUGAUAAUGAUCCCAAAAUUCACGAUUUUAACCCUGAAGACUGGGUUGUUGGCACUAUUAAGGUGCCGUUCAGCCAACCUGCUCCACAAGAAAAAGGUAUGUAUUUUUAUAGAAUUGUUGUUUCUAGUUGUGAUUAUUUUGGUUGUGAUUUAGAUGCUACGAUUGUUUUAGAAGUUAAAGAUGCACCUGUGGAAGAAUUAAAAACUAGUGAUGAUGAUGAACUUGAAGAUAGUGAUGAGGAUGAAGAGAGUAAUGCUGCUGACGAAGAAAAUGAAGAUGAAGAUUAUUCAAGCAGUGAAUUCACUGACAUAGAUACUGAUACAGAAGAAGAAGAAGAAGAAGAAGAAGAAGAAAAAAAAAUAAUGAUGAGAAAGAGGAAAAAAACAAAAAAGAAGAAGAGAAAAAAGAUAAAGAAACUAAAGCUUAAUAGUUUGAGUAAGUGUUGUUUUACCCUUUUUUUUUUUCUUAGAAAAAAGAAAAUAAGGCUAAAAACAAUAUUCUAA